UUUGCUGUCGUUUUGUAUCGAAAUCGUGAAAUAAAAUAAAUUUUAAUUCAGCUGUGUACAUUAUUUUUUGAGUAUUUGUCAGUUUUCCUUAAAAUAAUGUAAAUUAACGUAUUAUAAAGGUGUAUUGUUAUUUGACGUUUUCGCAAUCGAGCUCAUUUAUUCAGUAUGUCGAGUGACGAGGAUAAGCCACCUGCGCCUCCUGUGAGACUGACCAGUAACCGAAAUACGGAUCGUGUGGAUUCUGUAGCAUGUGUUGACAUGAGGCCACUCCCGAAAGAACCUGAUGAUGGCAGUGACAGGAAAAAGAAAACCUUAAAGGCGAAAAUAAAAGGUUCCAAAAGUACUGCACACAAUGAUAAUAAACCAAAUAUUAGUUAUCCAACUAAUUUUGAACAUACUGUACAUGUCGGUUUUGAUGCGGUAACAGGGGAAUUUACUCUGCCUAUAACAGGUAUGCCUGAGGCGUGGGCUCGUCUGUUGAUGGCCUCCAACAUCAGCAAACAAGAACAGAAGAAUAAUCCACAAGCUGUUCUCGAUGUGCUAAAAUGGUACGACGCGUCUGCGACUCAACCACCAGUUUCAAAGUAUAUGACAUCUGCUCAAAUGCAUACUACACACUCAGGUUCCUCGGUAUCUCGUGUUUCAUCAAGUAGUCCAUCGUCUUCUACUCCGACUGACACCGAACACCCCGAACCACCACCACCUCCACCUUCAAGACCAGAUAGGACUAAGAGCAUUUACACGAAGCCCAUAGAGGAGGAGGAGGCGCCUCCCCCGCGGCCCGCGCCAGCGCCCGCGCCCACGUCGCCGCCUCACGUGCCGCACCCGCCGCUACCCUCGCACGCGAUAAGCCGGUCAGAUACGGGGCUGUCGGUGUCCCUGGACCGCAACAAGAAUCCCGCGCCAGUCGCGCCCGCGCCCGCGCCCGCCCCCGCCCCGCCCACCGUGCCGCACGCCCCGCCCGCGCCGCCGGCCAACGGCGCGCCGCCACCCGCUGACACUACGCGAACAACAGGCCAGCAACAAAGAAAAAAGAAAAUGACUGAUGAAGAAAUAUUAGAAAAGUUAAGAACUAUUGUUAGUGUUGGUGAUCCUAAUAGAAAGUAUACAAAAAUGGAGAAAAUUGGACAGGGAGCGUCAGGAACGGUGUAUACUGCGAUAGAAACAUCUACAGGCAUGGAGGUUGCGAUAAAACAGAUGAAUCUCAGCCAGCAACCCAAAAAAGAGCUAAUCAUAAACGAGAUUCUAGUGAUGCGGGAGAACAAACACAACAACGUCGUCAACUACCUGGACAGUUACCUAGUUAAUGAGGAGUUGUGGGUGGUGAUGGAGUACCUGGCGGGCGGGUCGCUGACGGAUGUGGUGACGGAGACGUGCAUGGACGAGGGGCAGAUCGCCGCCGUGUGCCGGGAGGUGCUGCAGGCGCUGCACUUCCUGCACGCCAACCACGUCAUACACAGAGACAUCAAGUCUGACAAUAUCCUGCUGGGCUUGGACGGACAAGUCAAGCUAACUGACUUCGGCUUCUGUGCACAAAUAUCUCCCGAACAGAACAAGCGGACGACUAUGGUUGGAACUCCGUACUGGAUGGCACCUGAAGUUGUUACUAGGAAACAAUACGGACCAAAGGUCGACGUUUGGUCUUUGGGCAUAAUGGCCAUAGAAAUGAUUGAAGGAGAACCACCUUAUCUUAACGAGAAUCCCUUAAGAGCGCUUUACUUGAUCGCCACCAACGGGAAACCGGACAUAAAGGACAAAGACAAGCUGAGCACGGUCUUCCAAGACUUCCUGGAUCAAUGUCUCGAGGUGGAUGUCGAAAGGCGGGCCACAGCUCUCGAUUUACUCAAGCAUCCAUUUUUGAAGAUGGCUCGACCGCUGGCGUCUUUGACCCCUCUGAUCAUGGCCGCAAAAGACGCGGCUAAGGGACAUUAGCGUCGGCCCGCGGCGCCCGCCGCGUCGCCCGCGCCCCACGCGCCUCACUAGCGCCCUCAGUGCCUGCCGCGGACCGCGUGCGACAACCGACGUUCACACAAGUAACACACUACACUUUUAUGCCCAGUACCUCUUAAAGUCUCUGUCUCUGUACCUACUGGUCAGUUUAGAUGAUUGUUCCGAAAAUUGAACACGGGAUGCCGUGUUAUUUGUGGACGUCGGUUUGGGAGCGCCGAGCCUUUAGCUCGCGCCCGCGCGCGUACUCAGCGGCGUACACGUGACGCUACUCGACACGUUCGGGACUUCUUCUGACGUCAUCAUCGAAUAAUCGUAUUCCAUGGUUACUAUCGAGUACGUAGCGUGAUAAUUAUUAUCUACUUAUAGAGCAAUAUUUUAUGUUUACAAGAUGGCAGGGAGCUAACAUAUUUUUACAUACUGAAGACUUUACUGAACGAUUCGUAGUCCAGUAGCCGUAAUGAAUCCUGUAGUAUCGUGUAGGAGUAACGUAUAUUACUAGCGCCGCGAGCCUCGCGGCCGCGCCCCCUCCGUCCGAGCCGAGAAUUAAAAUUGCAUAGAGUUUUGUAGAUAUAGUGGUAGCGUGUUAAAAGUUGAAUUGUUACGAUUGAUACUGCAAAUGAAGACUGGCAGAUAACUUUUAGGAUAAAGUAGACUAUCGUAGGAUAAAUAUCUUUACGAUCAGCUUAUAUACUGUGAUGGUAGUUAGCGGCGGGGAGAGGGGGCUCGGCGCGGCCGAGGCGGUGCGUUGUGUAGGUACUCUGUGAGUGACUAUGUUGUAUGUCAACAUGUUUAAGCUCGAUCGAGGUCGAGCACGGAGUGUAAUAAUUAUUAUGGAUAUAAUAAGUAUAUAAUGUAAAUCCAACUGUAACUCCUAUUUAGUGCUUUUUCAAUGCGUGAGAAAUGUGUUUUCUUCUUGUAUGGUUUGUUUCACUCUAGUUGAAUUAAA